AUGGUGCUCACUAGUUCAUUGAAAUCCUGCCUAAUCCUGUUCUUAUUUCUGACCGAUGCAUCCAUAGCUAUGCUCCGAUGUGGGGACGAUGACAUGAAGCAAGGAUUUAUAAGGAACAUGUUAGAAAGCGGCUGCAAGGGACGAAUGGGUAAGAUUGAUGCCUGCUGCGUAGCUCAUAUGAAAUGCUAUGAAAAACGAGAACCACGGGCUACUUGUGACGAGACACUUUGUAACUGUGCGCAAGAGUCGGCUAAGAGAUUGAUCGGCUGUUUGAUCCACGUUGCUGGCCUAUGCGGAACGACUCGGGCUUUCGGAGCUCAGGUGUACAAUAAACAACAGCCAGAGGCACGCCCUUCGACCUGA